GCAAUUACUACCUGCUGUGUAGAAAUUCAGUUUCUUAGCCCUGUCGUGGUCUCGAAAAGCUCAAAGACAAAACACGCUCACAUCUACUUCCCAUGUAAUACCUAGGUAGGGUAGGUCUCCAGCUUCGCCAUAAGGUUGAAUGGUUUGACAUCAAAUGUAUCAAGUCGUUUCUUGAUAUUGAAGGCAUCGACCUUCUGUUCAACUUCUCGCCAGAUAGAUGGCUGUUAAGUCUUUCUUGGAAACCCAUGACAACACUACCUAGAUAUCAUAAAAACUGGCAAUUCAUCUUCAAUUUGUGAAUCUCGAGGAUGUCCUUUUUCUGUUGCUAUCAUGGGCGCAGACGGAUGACCUGCCGAGAACCUCACCAAGACGCAAUCGAACUCCCAGCUCAACCACCGCCCGUAAAACUAGUCAAACAACCAUUCCACACAUUCGAACCCGAAUCAUCAUCACCUCCAAUCUUAACAACCCAGGCCCCGUCAUUAUUACGGAGCUCGAUAGCAGAAGCUACAGUGGACCCAGCUAUCCUAGAAGUUGAUGAUUCCGACGACGAUGAGCCUGUGAGGAGUGCCAGGAACUCUAGCACGGGCACGCUUGGGGCUAUCAAAACUCGGCUUAUCAGACGUCUAUCUCAGAAGUCCGAGUCCAAGAGACAUUCACAGCACUCUCUUGGUACAAGCGACGAAGAGAUUGCAAGGAGAGCCGAACUCAAGCGUCUGAUGCACAAGAGGAUUCGAGAAGAGCUGAAGAGCGAGGAAGAACAGGAAGAACGAGAAGAAUCGAGUAACAAGAUUGAUGGCCCUAGCAAAGCGAAACCGGAUAAUUUCACUAACGUUGAGUUACUCGGUAGUGGGCCUCGAGACAAUAUAGAGUUUCCUGCCUCAGUUGUAAACGAAGUCGGAUCUAGGGACCUUGGGAGUGCCUCUCCGGAUCCCGCGCCCCCAGCACUUCCGAUUAGUAACUCACAACCAAGAAAUUCCUUACAUCGAAGUAGUUUCCCGGGUCCAACCCAUCGGUCAUGUGAGAAUUCUACUUCAGAUAGUCACGGAGCUCUUAAUGAACGAGGUUCAAUGCCUCAAUUUCCACCUUCUCCCCAGCUGGCCCCAGCCCAUCUAUCAGACUUGCAUGGCUCCGAGUCUCCCUGUUCAUGGCGACUCUCUUACAGUGCCGAACAGCUUGCCAAUUAUCUUGGAGUUUGUGACGACCUCAGGUUCAACAAGGAGUCUGAUCAUUCUGAUACUACAAGUCAGAAGGAUACAGUCAGCAAACAAGACAGCAAGCAUGAGAGCAAGUAUGAUAAUAAUGUUAAUAGAAGCUCCUAUAGCGACCGAGGAUCAACAGAGAACCUGAAACAUGAAACUGAAGUACACCAGCAGCAAAUAGCGUCGGAUGACCAACAACAUGCCCCGAACGACGACGUAUUGAGUCAGGGAGACGUACCUAAUGAUAUUCCUCCCGACACAGAAUCUAGCCAGGAUUCGCCGCUGGAAAUGUGGUUACGGAGCCAGGAGUUGCAGUCAAGUCCGGCUGUAUCGAGUAGAAAGACUAGCAACAUGAUUCUGGAGAUGGUCCCAGAGAGUUCCAACCCGGAACGCUCAUCAUGCCAAAAGGGAGAGGCUAGUAAGCAUCAGAGCGACCCUAACCCUCUGCCCACAUCACGCAAUACACCACCAGGAGCGUGGCCCUCGUUACCUGCUUCUCCCAUGGGUACGGAUAUCGACCCAAUUGAGUUACCUCCCGGGUUUGACCAAUUACAGCAUCCUAUGAAGGGGACUGAUGACCUUUCUGGCGAUGUGGUUCAGAACACAGUAGACUAUGUGCCGAAAGCUUCGUCUCACUAUACAUCUUCACGAUAUACCACUAGGCCCAACAGCUGCCAGGCUGCAGAGAAGGAGCCACGUUUAAGUUUAGCCGAGUUUGUAGGAGGGCAGAAAGCUAUACCUCCAAUCCCAGGUAUCAAUCGCCUCAGAUCCCCAAGUCAUACGACAGAAGCUGCGAACUCGGAAGCUAGCUCGUAUAGAACCGCUCCCAUUGAAUCACCAACGGUAGCAGUGGCUGUGGGUGAAGUUCGACAUCAGCAACGCCCAAUAGUGGAUGUAUGUUCGGUAAUAGCAUCGGAUACGGCGAGCUUCAAGCUGAGGGAAGCUGAGCUCAAGUCUAUUGCGAAACGGUUUGGAGAUGCCCGUCUCCGCCGAGAUACCACGUCACCAAUUGUCAGCAAGUUUCGCGAGGAGUUCAACGAGCCCCGGGCUUCAAUAAUUAGCAAGAAGACUCUAUUUGGUAAAUUCCAUUUACCGAUAGUCAAGAGAACAAAGUCUUCGACGAAAGAUAUCCAAAGCUCUAAUACGCUCGAUGGGAAACAAGAAAACAAGGGAAAUCCCGAGAAAGACGUCGUUGAUGGAAAACUGGGGGUGCCACCAAACCUGGGCUGGACGUCUGGAGAUAUGCAAGCUUCCGAAGGUUCACAGAAACGGAGGAGUAGGCGCAAGUAUUUUCCCGAUACUCAGCACCGAGAGACACAGCAAGAGCAGGAAUGUGCAGAGACUGCUCAGAACGGCCAAGUGCAAAGUACUUCAAUUGGUAAGAGUCGCUCUGGGCCAAAACUAAGAAUAGAUCAUGGGCCUACUCUUAAACCACCAGGUCGUCUCGAGGACGAUGGUAGUCAGCAAUCGGAUAUAUCGAAUAGUGUUUUGAGGGAAUGGGUAAACCUCAUGAAUGGGGAAGAAUCACAAUCUCAAGUAGAACUAAAGGCAGAUACUGAAAUUAGAGGUCCUCGGAAGCUAAAGACACCUCCGGCGUCGUGGGCGAAGUGGCCAUCGCAUACACGCCAUGAACGAACGGGACCGGCGGGAAAAGAAGACAAAGUGAUUCCAAGAGACUUUGCAGUCCGGAAAGAAUCCAGUGGCGAUGAAACAACAUGGUUUACAGAUAAGCCAAGCGAAUCGGCGAAGAAAUACAUCACCCCUUCAUCUCGAAGUCUGUCUGCGCAAUUUGGUAAGGCGAUGAAAGGAGGCCUGAGUAAAGUCGUCCCAGUGACUCUGAAUCGCGACGCAAAACCCUCAGCGGACUCAGAACGUAGCCGCCAAAGGUUUGAUGGCCAUUUGGAGUAUCCCGAACUCGAAAUUCUCCCCAUGCAGGGAGGUUAUAAAGAGCUACAAGCACUUGAACAGCAAAUCGGCACUAUGAAACGAAGGUCUGUCCCCGCAGAAAGUCAAAUAUCACGAACCAGCCCCGAUCAAGCGAGAACACCAUUGAGCUUGCGCCUUGCCGAGCAAGUUCAAAAGAUGCAGGAUGCACUAUCUGGGGAUGAUUGCCAGUGUAGCGAGGGCGUUGACCUGACUGCACCUACAGGCUCUCCUAUCACUCCUAAGAAGAUACUUUUAACUCCCCCGGGGACCUCAGAAGCGACCGACUAUCAUGAAGCAUCCGAAUCCCAUAUCGGUUAUGAGGAUUGUGUACCGAAGCACAUGCUGGAAGAUGAGCCUCCUGCAGACAAUGGCAUAGCAGCGGCGAAAGACCGUCAUACGCGAGAGGCAUAGUAUAAUCUAGUUAAGGCUAUCCCGUGGAUAAUUAUGACUACAAUGAUACGCAUAGGCACUCCUGUUUAAUACAUUGAUAUGAUGAAGGUAUAAUAUAUUGUUGGAAUGGUCAUGAUGGGCAAAGACGUAGUGAGUCCGGAGUGGAUGGGAAUAGGCCGUUUCUAGUCGAGGAAAGUUGGCGUCGAUGGUGGUAACAUUUGUUAGCUGGAGAUCUGCCGGCGAUGUGAGUAUAAUAUGUAUCACUAUCCGGG